CAGGGCAAAGGAACUGCUCCAUCCCGACACAUCCAACACCUGGGCUCCACAAGGUCUUUGACUUACAACAAACAGAGGAACACCCCUCUCCAGGAGUAUCAGUGUGGACCGUGUGAUGGAGAGAGUCAUGGAGCGUCAUUAUGACUUUGACCUGACCUACAUCACUGAGAGGAUCAUCUCCGUGUUCUUCCCCCCUCUGCUGGACGAGCAGCGCUACCGUCUCAACCUCAAGGAGGUGACCGCCAUGCUCAGGUCCAAGCACCAGGACAAGUUCCUGCUCUUCAACCUCUCUGAACGACACCAUGACAUCACCCGCAUGAAUCCAAAGGUCCUUGACUUCGGCUGGCCUGACUUCCAUGCCCCUCCCCUGGACAAGAUCUGUGCCAUGUGUAAGGCCAUGGAGACGUGGCUGACCUCCGACCCCCAGCAUGUGGUGGUCCUGCACUGCAAGGGCAACAAGGGCAAAACAGGAGUGAUUAUUGCAGCCUACAUGCACUACAGCAAGAUCUCUGCAGGGGCAGACCAGGCCCUCAGCACCCUGGCCAUGAGGAAGUUCUGCGAGGAUAAGGUAUCUUCCUCCCUCCAACCGUCCCAAAACAGGUAUAUCUACUACUUUGGGGGGCUCCUCUCUGGGGCGAUCAAGAUGAACAGCAGUCUGCUACUCCUCCACCAGGUCCUCAUCCCCACGCUUCCUAACUUCCAGGGCAAAGGAGGUUACUUCCCCUUCCUGAAGAUCUACCAGUCCAUGCAGCUGGUCUAUACAUCAGGGAUAUAUGACUUGAAGGGUUCUGUGGGCAGAAGACUGUGUGUGACCAUUGAGCCUGCACUGCUGCUGAAGGGAGACAUCAUGGUGAAGUGUUACCACAGACGGGCACAGGGUGCAGAGAGGGACACAGUGUUCAGACUGCAGUUCCACACCUGCACCAUCCACGGAGCCCAGCUAUGGUUCGGCAAGGGGGAGUUGGAUGAGGCCUGUACUGAUGAACGAUUUCCCUCGGAUGCCACUGUGGAGUUUGUCUUCUCCUCGGGACCAGAGAAAAUGAAAGGGCGUGAGUACCAGAGAAAUGACCCUGCUGUCACAGUGGACUACAACACAGCUGAUCCAGUGGUGCGCUGGGACUCCUAUGAGAACUUCAACCAGCGCUAUCAAGACAGCCUCGAUGACAUAGCCCACACCAGGGGUCCAGUGGACGGAAGUCUGUACGCCCAGAUAAAGAAGCGUCUCUCAGCCCCAGGCUCUGGCUCCCUGACCUCCACCAAUGGCAGUCCAGCAGGCACCAGCGAGGAGAGGCCCAGUCAGAGCCAGCUGCUCUCUCCCAGCUCUGACUCUCUCACUCACUCCGGCCACUCGUCUGCCCUCCCAGAGCAUCCAGAGGAGUCCAGAGGGCUCCCGCCACCCACCCGGCAGGAGAGAGAGGACCUGGACCGACUGCUGGGGGGCAUCGAGGGGGAGAGGGACGGCCUGGACAGAGAGAGGGAGACUGCCAUCCUGGACGAUGGGGACUUGUCGUCUGAGCAUACAGGCACCCUGAGGCUCGACCGCUCCUGUUCUUGCCGGGUGGGCUACCACUCCCAGCGCUGUGCCGAGCCCGGCUGUGACCGACUCCACCUCAUGUCCAGUGGCUACUGCCGGGACAGAGCUCCGGGCACCAACGGCCACCCUGGGUCACCGCCCUUGACUAACCCUGCCACCGUCCCCUCACACAUGGACCUGUGUCAGCACUACAGCCCACACCCUCAACCCCAUCAGACCCUGCCUCCCCCUGACCUGGUAUGGAACCGCCAACAGGGCCCUCCACACUACCUGCACCGUGAGGGACCCUCUCGUCACCCCUCUCUGUGCCCCUAUCCAUCCCAGGACCUGACCUCUCACCCCCACACCCUUCAUCCCGGGCGCCUGCUCUGUAGAAGUGAUGACUAUGGUCCGUACCACCACCCUCCCUCACACACACACCAUCACCCUCACCACCCCAAGUCCUCCGGGUCCUACCAAGAUAUGCUGCUGCUGGAUGGGAUGCCGCCCCCUGGCUGCCCCUGCCGGGACUGCCUCAUCAGGAGGGAGGAUUCAGCCUUCCACGGCCUGCGGCUGGAGCGAGGAGAGAGCUUCCACUGGGACAGAGAGGCAGAACUGCAGCAUCGGGAAGCAGGGCUAAGGAGAGUAAGGGAGUCUGAGCUGCCUAGAGGGGCAGAGAUGCACUGGGAGAGGGAGGCAGGGGGACUGAGAAGAGGCAGGGAGAUGUCACUGCACUGGGAGAGAGACAGGGAGGCAGAGCUCCAAUGGGAGAGGGAGAGAAAGGCCGACUAUUGGCACCGGAGGGCCUACAGGCUUCAGGACCACGAGCUACCUGCCUUCUCCUUUGACCCUCUGCCGUCCGGCCACCCUGCGUACCCAGAGGCGUCUUGCUCCCACGGCCACGCCCACCUGGACCUGAAGUACAGCAGCAGCAGUGGCUACCAGACCCCGCACCAGGUCUGCCUCUACUCCCACUACCAGCCCUCCCCCUCUGAGAGCAGGGGUUAUGCCUCAGGUUACCAGUCUGAGUCCACCUCCCCUCUGCCCCCUCCCUCCACCCUGUCAGGCCCCUGCAGCCACACCAGAGGGCCAGCAGACCACCACCCCGAAGCCCACACUCAGCAGUACCCAUCUGAGAGCCAGACAGAUGGAAGAGGGAUGAGUGAGAACGUGAGUUGGCGGGACCACAUCUCCCAGGGUUCCUUCAAGAGGAUGCAUCCUUCAAGAGAUGUCCCGUGUUCCACGCCCUCUGACCUCUCUAGGCCGCCCACCCCUGUUCUCACCAGCAGCCCUCUGUGCACACAAGAAAGCCUCAGUCUAGGUGUGCACUCACUAGUUGGAUCGACUGACAUAGUCAACAGUGACUGUGAGUCUGUCCAGUCUCAGGAUAGGCCCGGCAGUGCUUCUGCUCAGGGGUCGCAGGUCAGCCAGCAACACAUCCCUGACCCUUUACAGUCUACAUCCGUGACACCCACACCUUCCCCCACCCAACCCAACAGCCGCUGGACCACACUGACAGCAACACAACCUCCGUCACCCUACCAGCCCCAGAACCACAGUGCUACAUCUUCACCCUACCAGCCCCAGAACCACAGCACUCCAUCUUCACCCUACCAGCCCCAGAACCACAGCGCUACAUCUUCACCCUACCAGCCCCAGAACCACAGCGCUACAUCUUCACCCUACCAGCCCCAGAACCACAGUGCUACAUCUUCACCCUACCAGCCCCAGAACCACAGCGCUACAUCUUCACCCUACCAGCCCCAGAACCACAGCACUACAUCUUCACCCUACCAGCCCCAGAACCACAGUGCUACAUCUUCACCCUACCAGCCCCAGAACCACAGUGCUACACCUUCACCCCACCAGCCCCAGAACCACAGUGCUACACCUUCACCCCACCAGCCCCAGAACCACAGUGCUACAUCUUCACCCCACCAGCCCCAGAACCACAGUGCUACAUCUUCACCCCACCAGCCCCAGAACCACAGUGCUACAUCUUCACCCCACCAGUCCCAGAACCACAGUGCUACAUCUUCACCCCACCAGCCCCAGAACCACAGUGCUACACCUUCACCCCACCAGCCCCAGAACCACAGUGCUACAUCUUCACCCCACCAGCCCCAGAACCACAGUGCUACAUCUUCACCCCACCAGCCCCAGAACCACAAUGCUACACCUUCACCCCACCAGCCCCAGAACCACAGUGCUACAUCUUCACCCCACCAGCCCCAGAACCACAGCACUACAUCUUCUCCCCAACAGCCUCAGAACCACAGAGCUACAUAUUCACCCCACCAGCCCCAGAACCACAGUGCUACAUCUUCACCCCACCAGCCCCAGAACCACAGUGCUACAUCUUCACCCCACCAGCCCCAGAACCACAGUGCUACAUCUUCACCCCACCAGCCCCAGAACCACAGUGCUACAUAUUCACCCCACCAGCCCCAGAACCACAGUACUCUACCUUCACCCCACCAGCCCCAAAACCCUUGUACUACACCUUCACCCCACCAGCCCCAGAACCACAGUGCUACAUCUUCACCCCACCAGCCCCAGAACUACAUUGCUACAUCUUCACCCUCAACUACAACCGGCCAGCCCAGCAACCACUGCCACCCUGCUACACCCACUCAGACACCCACUGAGAAAGCUAGCCUAACUGGUCCAAAGACCACCCAUCCUACAGAGACUGCUGUACUGCCUCCUGUUGCCCAGCCCCAGUUCCAGUCCCCCAACCCUGUACCUGGAGCAUGUCCACUCAGGAAACUGACCACAGAGGUCCCUAAAUCCAGCUCCACCCUCACCUCGGCCCCUUCCUCCCCCCAGCCUCCCAUCAGCAGUCUGGAGGGGUUCCCCUCCUCAGAGCCUCCUGUGCCCGGCUUCGCCACCCUGGGCCGGAGGUUGAUGCUGGUCACUGAGCCCCCAGGACCCCUGCAGCACUACCCUGGCAUGGAGGGCAGCACCAGUGGGCACUCUCCAGCCCCUGAGGUACACACCACCCCCACAUUCCCCAUCUCUGCCACCGGCUGCUAUCCCCCAUCAGUCCCACAUGUGCCAUACUUGAGCUACACUGCUGUCACCAUCCCCCAGUGCCCACUCCCAGAGAAACGGGGUCAGUCUGCCCAGCCAGGGUCGCCUAAUUGCGGGGUGAGGACCCUGAGGCCAACCCCCUCACAGCACCAUGUCACCUUCUCUCCAACGGUGGGGGAGAUGGCGCCCCCUGCAGGCCAAGGGGAGGGAGUGCUAUCUCUGGAGAGAGAGAUGGCAGGCAGAGUCAGUGUUACGUUUGUCCAGGACAACUCACGCUUCUGGUACAAGCCUGGCAUCUCCAGGGACCAAGCCAUAGCUGCGCUGAAGGAGAGAGAACCAGGGGCCUUUCUUAUCCGGGACAGCAACUCCUUCCAGGGAGCCUAUGGCCUGGCGCUGAAAGUGGCCACCCCGCCCGCUAACCUCAACAACCCCAGCAGCAGAGUGGUCGAUCCAUUGGAGCAGCUGGUGCGACACUUCCUGAUUGAGACGGGCCCACGUGGAGUGAAGAUCAAAGGGUGUCAGAAUGAGCCCCACUUUGGGAGUUUGUCUGCGUUAGUAUACCAGCAUUCCAUCACUCCCAUCUCUCUGCCCUGUUCCCUACGGAUCCCAGAGAAAGAUCCCAUUGGAGAAAUGCAGGAGCUACAGUCGACUGCUAGUAACAUGAGCACAGCUUCAGACCUGCUCAAACAGGGUGCAGCCUGUAAUGUGCUUUACCUGAACUCUGUGGAGACUGAGUCACUGACCGGACCCCAGGCCAUCUCCAGAGCAACCGGAGCCACCCUGGCACAGAACCCCCGGCCAGCGGCCACAGUGGUCCACUUCAAAGUGUCCUCACAGGGCAUCACACUGACCGACAGCCAGCGCAGGGUGUUCUUCAGGAGACACUACCCAGUCAACAGUGUGACCUUCAGCAGCAUCGACCCCCAGGACAGGAGGUGGACUAACUCAGACAGCACAACUUCUAAGGUGUUUGGGUUUGUAGCCAAGAAGCCAGGCAGCAUGGCAGAGAACGUGUGUCAUCUGUUUGCCGAGCUCGACCCGGAGCAGCCUGCCUCAGCCAUCGUCAACUUCAUCAACAAGGUGAUGUUAGGGCCGCAGCGCAGGUAGAGAGACAGAAAAGGACCAAGCCAGGGACCUGUCACCGCAACAACACUGUCACAACUCCUAAAGAGAAUCAGGAGGCUACAGAAAUGCUUUACAGACCCAUAAAGCACCAGUGGUGGUGGCAUCUUUUCAAAGACUGAGUUUUGACCCCAAAGGCUCAACAUUUUAAACAUGACUGCCAUUUUGAAUUAUAAUCUAAAUGUAAUCGUUGUUUAUAUUCUAAUGUCUAUAAUGCCGCCAUUGAUAGUUGCCUUCGAGAUACCAAAGCUUUGUUGUCACUUGUUAGUCAGUAAUCUAAGGUAUCAAUAAGUAGCCUAGUCUACCAAAGAUCUUGCCUCAACCCUGUCACUCUCCCUUUGACAAUCAUAAGUGUAAGUCAAACACAAUGUAGAAGAUGAUAUAGUCCUACAGCAGGCUACAGUAGACUACAGUAGAUUACAGUAGGCUACAUUAGGCUACAGUAGAUUACAGUUGGCUACAGUAGACUGACUACAUUAGGCUACAAUAGAUUACAGUAGGCUACAGUAGACUGUAGACUGAUUAGGCUACAGUAGAUUACAGUAGGCUACAGUAGACUGACUACAUUAGGCUACAGUAGACUGACUACAUUAGGCUACAGUAGACUACAGUAGGCUACAAUAGGCUACAGUAGACUGACUACAUUAGGCUACAGUAGGCUACAGUAGAUUACAGUAGGCUACAGUAGACUACAGUAGGCUACAAUACACUGACUACAUUAGGCUACAGUAGAUUACAAUAGGCUACAUGUAUAUUACAUUAUGCUACAGUAGACUACAUUAGGCUACAGUGGAUUACAGUAGAUAACAGUAGACUGCAGUAGACUGACUACAUUAGGGUACAGAAGGGUAUGUUAGGCUACAGUAGAUUACAGUAGACUACAGUAGAUUACAGCAGACUACAGUAGGCUGCAUUAGACUGACUACAUUAGGCUACAGUAGACUACAUUAGGCUACAGUAGAUUACAGUAGGCUACAGUAGAUUACAGUAGACUACAGUAGGCUGCAUUAGACUGACUACAUUAGGCUACAGUAGACUACAGUAGAUUACAGUAGGCUACAGUAGAUUACAGUAGACUACAGUAGGCUGCAAUAGACUGACUACAUUAGGCUACAGUAGACUACAUUAGGCUACAGUAGAUUAAAGUAGGCUACAGUAGAUUACAGUAGACUACAGUAGGCUGCAUUAGACUGACUACAUUAGGCUACAGUAGACUACAUUAGGCUACAGUAGAUUACAGUAGGCUACAGUAGAUUACAGUAGACUACAGUAGGCUGCAUUAGACUGACUACAUUAGGCUACAGUAGACUACAUUAGGCUACAGUAGAUUACAGUAGGCUACAGUAGAUUACAGUAGACUACAGUAGACUACAGUAGGCUGCAUUAGACUGACUACAUUAGGCUACAGUAGACUACAUUAGGCUACAGUAGACUACAUUAGGCUACAGCAGGGUAUGAUAUGCUACAGUAGAAAGUAAAAGUGAGAAAUGUCUAUUUGUAAUGUGCAAGCAACAAAGUGUAUGUGGUUAGGGUAUCAAUGUGUGUGGAGGCUAGGAGUUAGGGCACAGAUAUGGUAAUGUGGUGGAGGCUAGGGCACAGAUAUGGUAAUGUAUGGAGGCUAGGGGUUAGGGCACAGAUAUGGUAAUGUAUGGAGGCUAGGGGUUAGGGCACAGAUAUGGUAAUGUAUGGAGGCUAGGGAUUAGGGCACAGAUAUGGUAAUGUGGUGGAGGCUAGGGCACAGAUAUGGUAAUGUAUGGAGGCUAGGAGUUAGGGCACAGAUAUGGUAAUUUGGUGGAGGCUAGGGCACAGAUAUGGUAAUGUAUGGAGGCUAGGGGUUAGGGCACAGAUAUGGUAAUGUAUGGAGGCUAGGGGUUAGGGCACAGAUAUGGUAAUGUAUGGAGGCUAGGGGUUAGGGCACAGAUAUGGUAAUCUGGUGGAGGCUAGGGGCUAGGGCACAGAUAUGGUAAUGUGGUGGAGGCUAGGGGCUAGGGCACAGAUAUGGUAAUGUGGUGGAGGCUAGGGGCUAGAGUACAGAUAUGGUAAUGUGGUGGAGGCUAGGGUACAGAUAUGGUAAUGUGGUUGAGGCUAAUAGGGCACAGAUAUGGUAAUGUAUGGAGGCUAGGGGUUAGGGCACAGAUAUGGUCAUGUGGUGGAGGCUAGGGUACAGAUAUGGUAAUGUGGUUGAGGCUAAGGGCUAGGGCACAGAUAUGGUAAUGUGGUGGAGGCUAGGGCACAGAUAUGGUAAUGUAUGUAGGGGCUAAGGUACAGAUAUGGUAAUGUGGUGGAGGCUAAGGGCUAGGGCACAGAUAUGGUAAUGUAUGGAGGCUAGGGGUUAGGGCACAGAUAUGGUCAUGUGGUGGAGGCUAGGGUACAGAUAUGGUAAUGUGGUGGAGGCUAAGGGCUAGGGUACAGAUAUGGUAAUGUGAUGGAGGCUAAGGGCUAGGGUACAGAUAUGGUAAUGUGGUGGAGGCUAAGGGCUAGGGUACAGAUAUGGUCAUGUAUGUAGGGGUUAGGGCACAGAUAUGGUAAUGUGAUGGAGGCAAGGGGCUAGGGUACAGAUAUGGUAAUGUGGUGGAGGCUAGGGCACAGAUAUGGUAAUGUGGUGGAGGCUAGGGUACAGAUAUGGUAAUGUGGUAGAGGCUAAGGGUUAGGGUAUAGAUAUGGUAAUGUGGUGGAGGCAAGGGGCUAGGGUACAGAUAUGGUAAUGUGAUGGAGGCAAGGGGCUAGGGUACAGAUAUGGUAAUGUAUGUGGAGGCUAGGGGUUAGGGCACAGAUAUGGUAAUGUAUGUAGGGGCUAAGGUACAGAUAUGGUAAUGUGGUGGAGGCUAAGGGCUAGGGCACAGAUAUGGUAAUGUAGUGGAGGCUAGGAGUUAGGGUACAGCUAUGGUAAUGUGGUGGAGGCUAGGGGUGAGGGCACAGAUAUGGUAAUGUGUGGAGGCUAGGGGUUAGGGUACAGAUAUGGUAAUCUGUGGAGGCUAGGGGUUAGGGUAAUGUGUGGAGGCUAGGGGUUAGGGUACAUAUAUGGUAAUGUGUGGAGGCUAGGGGUUAGGGUACAGAUAUGGUCAUGUAUGUGGAGGCUAGGAGUUAGGGUACAUAUAUAGUAAUGUGUGGAGGCUAGGGGUUAGAGUACAGAUAUGGUAAUGUGUGGAGGCUAGGGGUUAGGGUACAUAUAUGGAAAUGUGUGGAGGCUAGGGUACAGAUAUGGUAAUAUGUGGAGGCUAGGGGUUAGGGUAAUGUGUAGAGGCUAGGGGUUAGGCCACAGAUAUGGCAAGUCCCAGAGAUGGGGUAUUAUGUUUAGUUCACAUGUAAGUUAUGAAUUGUGCCCUAGAAAGAAACGCUUGCAGUAACCAAGGAACAACGGUGUGCCACACCACUGCCCUCCCCAGUGCAUUGUAUAACCAUGGAUUCUUCUGUCAAGCACUGUACACAAUAAUAUCGCUGCAAAUAGUCAUGUAGUUCUAUUAUACACAUAUAUUAUGGGUAAAUGCUAACCUAUGAUGCAAAUAAUAUUCCUUAUAUUGUAUAUUUUUGAGAAAUAUAUUCCAAAGACAUGAGGUCAUGUCUUUGCCACAACGUCAACAUAAUGCUCACAACUUUUUUUUACCUGUAUGACUUUAUGUACAAACACAAAUCAGAGGUGUCUAAGGCCCUAUGUACUUAAAACCAAAGACAAAGCACUCCUGUAUUAUGAAUUCAUCUUUCAUAUUUUUAAGCUUCAUGUGUUUGUAUUGAUACGAGUUUUGCAUCGUUUUUGUAAGACAUGAAGACUACUUUGUAUAACAGUGGUAAUAUAUUAUGGUCUGUUUUCUUAUUGAUCUUUCCAUGUAGUAAUAUAUUUUCUCACAUGCAGCUAGGAAAGUGACAGUUAAAAAUUAAACAUUGAGGAAAAUAAUCUUGUUAUAUGCUAUUUUUUUAAAGAAAGCUUUGUAUGCACAAAUGAAUAUAAUAAAACAAAAGUUGUGGUACCAAAUCUGA